AUGGCAGCUUACGGGUCAACCUCAUUCUCCUCCCUCUUUCGACGAUGUGUAGAGUGUGGAGACGCCACGCCCAGCUGUCCAGAAACAUGCCCAAGCGGUCAAAUCUGCUCCCUCGUUCCACCGACUUGUAAUGAGUGCCAAAAGACCGUUUGUGUCGCUUCAUCGGCAGCUCCUUCUACAAUCUCUACAGCACCCAAGUCGUCGGGUUCAGGACCUAACGUCGGAGCAAUUGCAGGCGGUAUCAUCGGUGGAGUCGCGGUCAUCGCAAUUGUGACCUAUUUAGUAUGGAGAUUCUGUAUCAAGACGAAGAGGCAGCAAUACGAACAAGAGAAUUGGGCAGAGGAUCCGGAUGAGGCGAUGGAGGCAGAGAAGGAUUUUACCAUGAGACGAGAUGCGAGGGCUUCGACACAUACGGUUGCUUCUAUAGCUUCUACUGUUCUCACUCGAGCGUCCAACAUUAUCCAGAUCGCCUACAUUCCUGGCGUAACGAAUCGUUCUGCUCCGUCAACUCCUGGCCUGCUGGUUCCACCGGUUCCUCCGAUUCCAAUUGCCUUGUCUGAUGCUGGCACUCCACGAUAUGAACAAGAGCACUUCUUUAUGCCUGGCGACCUCAGAGACUCUACUUACUCGGCACUGAGUGACAGGACGUCCUAUGCCAGAACUAGUGUUACGUCAACCAUCUAUGGCAAGAACGCUAUAGUGUCACCAAUACCUGCUCAAACCAUGAUCAGAGGCAAGGCUGCUGUGGUCAGUGUCAAGUCAAAUGGUCAAUCAUCCGGAGAAAUGACACCACCCGUACCCUCAGUCGACUACAGCAGAUUCGGUCCCGGAGGACCGCCUAGUCCUGCUUUUAGCGUUGGCUCUACAUUCUUGAACAACGCAAACACAGCUACACAAGUCAAGCCUCAAGUCGUCAAGGUGGUGAGCACACAGAAAAAGGGAACGCCAGCCCCUUCUAUCUCUGAUGAUGAGAUGACACCACGCGCUAGCCCUGUGGCUCGUGACUCAAAUGCCAUCACCAUCAUCGAUGACACUCCAGCAAUCGAUCAAGGUCCUUUUAGCGACCCUCUGCCAAACCCUCGUCAAUCUAGCAGUAGCACCCUCACUGCUGUGGUGGAGGAAGCAACGGUGAAGAAGACGGCUAGGUCGCCGAGGAACGACAGCGGCUUGUUUGGAGAUCAGUACGAGCUGAAAGAGUGA